CAGUCUAAGUUCAUACAUGAUUCAGGAGAGGCGAAUUGUUUUCGCAUGCUUCGCUGUACGAUUUCAACGUUUAUCGUUAGUUAAUUACCAUCAUAAGUAAAAAUGAAGCUGUUGACACAUAAUAUGUUAACUUCUAAAUUCAUGAAAGGGGUGGUGAAGGGCUACCCACUAGGAAUUGUGGCAUCGGAAGUGAAGGAAGUAGCCGUAGACUACAACCCGGACUUUGUUUGCCGAAUGAUUCCAAAGCUCGAGUGGGGCUCGUUAUGUUCAGCUGCUGAUUCUAUUGGGAAGCUUGGAGAUUUACCAAAAGAGUUGCCAGAAAAUAUAGAAAGUAAUCAGGACUUUUUGAAAAAGGUUCAUCAUUUAUUGAUGGAAGUGGAGGUAAUAUCCGGAAACUUGAUAUGUCCAGAAACGGGAAGGAAGUUUCCCAUCAACAACGGAAUCCCAAACAUGCUGCUCAAUGAGGAUGAGGUCUGACUAUCAGCAUGCUGAUCUUUUGUUACUUGUAUAUUUGUCUAACAGCCGAUUGUAAUCACCACUUGACCACUGUACAGAGUUUCAACAUAAGAUCUAGUCGCCUUAGCUGUAACAUGCAUUCCUAGACCAUAUCACAGUAGAAUAUAUGAAAUAUUAGGUUACCAGACAAAACAGGCUGGAUUGGUGUUCGUAUUCUGAUCAUGGAGCAAUGAUUACAAUCUGCCAUCGUCUGUAUAAAUUUUAACAUUCCUGGACAAGCCAUGUUAUAUAAUUUUACCAGCUUAUUUUUCCACACCUCUUGUGUACUGCAAUCUCAUGCUUUGCAUUCCUUAUAGCAAAAAGGCACUGAUGUUCUGCUUAAAAUUGGAUUUAAUUAGAAUGGGAGAUAAAGAUCCUUCUCACUGCCAAUACUUGUAUCUCUGGAUUUAUUUGUUAUCAGCACCUUGUAAAAUACAGUAUAUAUAAUAAAAUUGCA